AUGUCUCCAACAGAACUGGUCGAUGAUGCGGUGUCUCUAACUUUGUCUUGCACGAAAGCCUUGGGCCACCCUCUCAGUUCCUACUCUGAGAUCGAAGGCUACCUCCUCCAAUAUUUCAUCGAGGGAAUUGGUCCCAACUGCUCACUCAGCAUUUCAUAUAAUCCAUACAUAUCUCUCAUCACGCCACUAAGCUUCUAUCAUUCCACCCUGCGCAGCGCUCUGUUGGCAGUUGCCGCGAACCAACUUCGCCUUCUCGGAGAUUCGAGAUUUCAGAAAGAAGCGUGUCUGUACAAAGAUAAUGCUUUACGGGGUCUCCAACAGGCCAUCAUCACUGAUAGUCUGGAUUAUGGUGCAGUUGCUACUGUGCUGAUGCUCUGUUUCCAUGACAUUUCUGACGGCUGUGAUCCUUCUUGGGUAGCCCACCUUCGUGGGGGCCUGAAACUCAUUGAAUAUGUCUCUGCACGCUCUCGGCAGUGUGAACCUUUGAGAAGGUUUCUGACCAUGUACUUUGUGGCUCACGAUAUCAUGAGCCGCACGGCCACCGAGAGCCGGUACGAAGACAAAAUAUCCUGCAGCUGGCUGGAGGCCGAUGACCUGGAUGAGGUACGUUUGUUCGACGCUUUCCAACUGGGCAGACGGUGGAAACUGACGCAGGUCAAGAUUGAUGGGGUUAUGGGCUGUUCGAGAAACCUUAUGACCCUGAUCGACAGAAUCUCGGCUCUAGCUUCGGAAAAGCAGGAGAUCUUGAAAUUCCGCCCGCUUACUCCAGUCGAAAUUGAAAGCUACACUUCCGCCAGCAACGAAAUUGAAAUGUCGUUACGUUUUUUGAAACAAAAUUUGCCCUUGCAUUCUUCAGACAGGAACGAGCUAAAACGUAUCGCGGAAACCAAGCGCUUGACUGCACUGCUGUAUCUGCAAGAACGUCUCGGCCUCGCUGCCGAUUCGCCAGAUGAUGAUACCAAUAUCCCUUCCGACCCAUUGACACCAGGUUCUGCUGAGAUGGAGACUUCGUCAUCCGAAAACGCGCUGCUUUCAACAAGACAAUGCAAGCGACAUCUCGUGUCUUUAAUCAUAAAGCUGAUAUCUACCCUCCCGAACACGGCUACUCUCUUAUGGCCACUUUUCGUUCUGGGGAAUACCGGUCUCGAUAGUGAAGAGCAUCGGCGCUUUAUUCUGGAUAGGCUGGAGCAUAUUCAGAAAACGCGGAACCUGGGAAGUGUACGGCGCGCGAGGUUGGCGGUUAAGAGGGCUUUCCGGAUGAGAGAUCUUGACUACCCUUCCGGUCAUUUAUGGGGGGAUCAUAAGUCUGGGUUUAUCAGUCUGGCUUGA